CAACUGGUUAUAGCAAAUGAUACAGACUCUAGUCUCAAAAACAUUGUAUGUGGGGUACCUCAAGGUUCAGUAUUGGGUCCUCUACUUUUCCUUAUCUUUAUUAAUGACAUCACUAGUUUAAAAAUCGAUGGAAAAAUCUUUCUUUUUGCUGAUGAUACCAGUAUCACUUGGAGCAACUCAAAUAUUGCAACUCUUCAUGCUACUAUAACUUCUGAUCUACUUACAAUAAAAACCUGGUCUGACUCUAAUUUACUCUCGUUUAACGUAGAUAAAACAGUAGCAUUGUCUUAUAAAGGAGUCCUUCAACCCUUACCUCUUAAUAACAGCCAGAUCAGUACCGUUGAUUCUGUAAAAUUUAUUGGUAUUUUUUUAGACAGCAACCUUAAAUGGUCCCACCAUAUCGAUUUGUUAAGGAAGAAACUAUCCUCAGCUUGUUAUGCUAUAAGAUCUGUUUCGAAUGAACUCAAUUUAGCAUCUUCCAAAAUAACAUAUUUUUUUUUUGUUCGAGUCACAUCUUCGUUAUGGUCUUCCUUUUUGGGGUUCUGGUACAGCUGCCCAAUUCGAUGUUAUUUUCAAAUUACAAAAAAGAGCAAUUGCUUGAAAAUUUUUAGGAUUAAUAAGAAUAUUUUCUCAGAUUUAUCUGACGAUGCAGAAAAAGAAGAAGUGGAUGCAGAUGUCGAAGAAUUAAACCAAUUGCAAUAUGAUGCAUUGGAAUAUGUCAGUGGGUAUAUCUGCAAGAAGUUAGAUUUGCCUGAAAGUACGGAUACUUCCACUUACACGUGGAUUGACCAAGUCUCCGAAGGGGGCUUAAAGAAACCUCCAGAAGAAUUGGUGGUAAAAAUGCAUCAACUGGAUACUAUAUUUAAUAAUUUCAAUGGGUCUGGACUUCAGUUAAAAUCAGGGAAAAAAUAUUUGCAAAGACUGAUUGAUUUGUCUAAAAAGAUUGAAUGUGCCUCUUGCGAAGAUAUCCAAAAUGAUGAAUGCAAUGCAAUAUUAAAAUAUCCCGGAAAUAAUUUGAACCAAAAUUUAACUGCUACUACGGAUGUGAACAUCGGAGAAAAAUAUUUUGAAUGUGAAAUAUGCUCCAAACAAUUAACAAGUUUUUCUUUAAAAGAACAUAUGACAGCGCAUACUGGUGAAAACCCCUUUACAUGUGAAAUUUGCACCACAGAGUUUUCACUUAAGAAUCACUUAACAAAACAUAUGAAGUUGCAUACCGGUGGAAAACUAUUUGAAUGUGAAAUUUGCACCAAACAGUUUUCAACGAAACAAGUUUUAAAAUGGCAUAUAAAAGUGCAUACUGGUGAAAAACCAUUUGAAUGUGAAAUUUGCACCAAACAGUUUCCAACAAACGCACAUUUAACUAGACAUAUGAGAGUGCAUACUGGUGAAAAACCUUUUGAAUGUGGAAUUUGCACCAAACAGUUUUCAAUGAAACAAGAUUUAAAAUGUCAUAUGAGAGUGCAUACUGGUGAAAAACCGUUUGAAUGUGAAAUUUGCACCAAACAGUUUUCAACGAAGCAACAUUUAAUAUCGCAUAUCAGAGUGCAUACUGGUGAAAAACCAUUUGAAUGUGAAAUUUGCACCAAACAGUUUUCAACUAAACAAGUUUUAAAAUGGCAUAUGAGAGUGCAUACUGGUGAAAAACCUUUUGAAUGUGGAAUUUGCACCAAACAGUUUUCAAUGAAACAAGCUUUAAAAUGUCAUAUGAGAGUGCAUACUGGUGAAAAACCGUUUGAAUGUGAAAUUUGCACCAAACAGUUUUCAACGAAGCAACAUUUAAUAUCGCAUAUCAGAGUGCAUACUGGUGAAAAACCAUUUGAAUGUGAAAUUUGCACCAAACAGUUUUCAACUAAACAAGUUUUAAAAUGGCAUAUGAGAGUGCAUACUGGUGAAAAACCUUUUGAAUGUGGAAUUUGCACCAAACAGUUUUCAAUGAAAAAAGCUUUAAAAUGUCAUAUUAUGAGAGUGCAUACUGGUGAAAAACCCUUUACAUGUGAAAUUUGCACCACAGAGUUUUCACUUAAGAAUCACUUAACAAAACAUAUGAAGUUGCACACUGGUGAAAACCCAUUUGAGUGUGAAAUUUGCACCAAACAGUUUCCAACAAACGCACGUUUAACUAGACAUAUGAGAGUGCAUACUGGUGAAAACGCAUUUGAGUGUGAAAUUUGCACCAAACAGUUUCCAACAAACGCACAUUUAACUAGACAUAUGAGAGUGCAUACUGGUGAAAAACCUUUUGAAUGUGGAAUUUGCACCAAACAGUUUUCAAUGAAACAAGCUUUAAAAUGUCAUAUGAGAGUGCAUACUGGUGAAAAACCGUUUGAAUGUGAAAUUUGCACCAAACAGUUUUCAACGAAGCAACAUUUAAUAUCGCAUAUCAGAGUGCAUACUGGUGAAAAACCAUUUGAAUGUGAAAUUUGCACCAAACAGUUUUCAACUAAACAAGUUUUAAAAUGGCAUAUGAGAGUGCAUACUGGUGAAAAACCUUUUGAAUGUGGAAUUUGCACCAAACAGUUUUCAAUGAAAAAAGCUUUAAAAUGUCAUAUUAUGAGAGUGCAUACUGGUGAAAAACCCUUUACAUGUGAAAUUUGCACCACAGAGUUUUCACUUAAGAAUCACUUAACAAAACAUAUGAAGUUGCACACUGGUGAAAACCCAUUUGAGUGUGAAAUUUGCACCAAACAGUUUCCAACAAACGCACGUUUAACUAGACAUAUGAGAGUGCAUACUGGUGAAAAACCUUUUAAAUGUGAAAUUUGCACCAAACAAUUUUCAGUGAAAGUAAAUUUAAAAUCGCAUAUGAGAGUGCAUACUGGUGAAAAACCAUUUGAAUGUGAAAUUUGCACUAAACAGUUAUCAACGAAACAAGCUUUAAAAUGGCAUUUGACGGUGCAUACUGGUGAAAAACCAUUUGAAUGUGAAAUUUGCACCAAACAGUUUUCAAAGAAACAAGUUUUAAAAUGGCAUAUGAGAGUGCACACUGGUGAAAACCCAUUUGAGUGUGAAAUUUGCACCAAACAGUUUCCAACAAACGCACAUUUAACUAGACAUAUGAGAGUGCAUACUGGUGAAAAACCUUUUGAAUGUGGAAUUUGCACCAAACAGUUUUCAAUGAAACAGCUUUAAAAUGUCAUAUGAGAGUGCAUACUGGUAAAAAACCGUUUGAAUGUGAAAUUUGCACCAAACAGUUUUCAACGAAGCAACUUUCAAUAUCGCAUAUCAGAGUGAAUACUGGUGAAAAAGCCUUUACAUGUGAAAUUUGCACCACAGAGUUUUCACUUAAGAAUCACUGAAAAAACAUAUGAAGUUGCAUACUGGUGAAAAACCCUUUCCAUGUGAAAUUUGCACCACAGAGUUUUCACUUAAGAAUCACUGAACAAAACAUAUGAAGUUCCAUACUGGUGAAAACCUAUUUGAGUGUGAAAUUUGCACCAAACAGUUUCCAACAAACACACAUUUAACUAGACAUAUGAGAGUGCAUACUGGUGAAAAACCAUUUGAAUGUGAAAUUUGCACUAAGCAGUUCUCAACGAAACAAGUGUUAAAAUGGCAUAUGCGUGUGCAUACUGGUGAAAAACCAUUUGUGUGUGAAAUUUGCACCAAACAGUUUCCAACAAACACACAUUUAACUAGACAUAUGAAAGUGCAUACUGGUGAAAAAUCAUUUGAAUGGGAAAUUUGCACCAAACAGUUCUCAACGAAACAAGUUUUAAAAUGGCAUAUGAGAGUGCAUACUGGUGAAAAACCAUUUGAAUGUGAAAUUUGCACCAAACCGUUUUCAACGAAACAAGUUUUAAAAUACCAUAUGAGAGUGCAUACUGGUGAAAAAUCAUUUGAGGGAAAUUUGCACCAAACAGUUUCCAACAAACACACAUUUAACUAGACAUAUGAGGGUGCAUACUGGUGAAAAAUCAUUUGAAUGUAAAAUUUACACUAAACAGUUCUCAACGAAACAAGUUUUAAAAUACCAUAUGAGAGUGCAUACUGGUGAAAAAUCAUUUGAUUGUGAAAUUUGCACUAAACAGUUCUCAACGAAACAAGUUUUAAAGUGGCAUAUGAGAGUGCAUACUGGUGAAUAACCAUUUGAAUGUGAAAUUUGCACCAAAUAGUUUUCAACGAAGCAACUCUUAAAUUCGCAUAUCAGAGUGCAUACUGAUGAGAAACCCUUUACAUGUGAAAUUUGCACCAAACAAUUUUCAACAAAGAUUAAUUUAAUAUCACAUAUGUCAGUGCAUAUUGGCGAAAAACCUUUCUCGUGCAAAUAAUGCUCCAAACAGUUUUCACGCGGUUUUAGCUUAACAGCACAUAUGAAAUCACACACUUGUAAUAAGAUACACUGCUACUCUAGAAAAAAAACGUGUUUAAAUUGAGAUGAUUAUAUCCUAUUAAAUUUUUGUUAUUUUAUCAUAAAAUAUCGAAAUCUGAUUCCAACCUGUACAUACAUUUUGAUCCUAAAUAACAAAAACAGGUCCAACCACAAGCAAUAAAUAUAGUCCAUUGAGUAAUGUAGACGAAGAGGAAAACCUGCAACAAACACUUUUAGACAAUGCUAAUAAGAUCAGCAGCUAAUCAGUAUACUUCGAAAUUUACAUACAAACUCUUACAAGAAGAAAAACUGAAAAUUCAAGUAACAACAAGUGAGGAUUACAAAGUGCUCAGAAAAGCGUUUGAAUAAAAAACAUAGUGUUCCAUACUUUUGUACUCUCUGAUCCUUUAGGGUCGUUUUAAGAAAUAUCCACCACAGUACUCCAAUUCAUGAAAUCCAAAAAUCCCUUGCAAACGACGGACAUACAGCAACAAAAAUCAGGAAUGUUCAUAACAGGGAAAAUAAGCAACAUAAAAAUCUAUUCUUUAUCGAUCUAAAACGUAAUCAAAACAACAAGGACAUUUUUGGAAUAACAAAAUUACUACGCUGUAGUACGUUUCGAAGCACCACAUAAAAAACCCAUAUAAUUCAGUGUAAACGUUGCCAAAACUACGGUCACUCAAGAAACCAAUGCACAUUACCACACAGAUGUGUCAAAUGUGCUGGAAAUCAUGAUUACCGGAAUUGCGAAAAACAUGAAAAACCAGCAAAGUGUACCUUAUGCGGAGGUGCCCAUCCAUCCAAUUAUAAAAAUUCCAGGCUUAUCUAGAGAUACAAGCUAGAAGAUACCCAAAUAGAAAUGUGAAAUUAUUACAAACAAACGAUACCUCUCAAAUGCCCGUCUCAAUCAGCAACACCAACCACAAUGAAAACACGCACCAAACAACUAACCGCACAUAUUCACAAGCAUUUCAAAACCAGCAACCUGUAUCUAUGCCAUUACCAACAACAAAUGGAAAUCAACAAGACAGUCAAAUUCACUUUAUCGCCAUUAUCUCGAGUUUACAAAAAACAAUAGAAACCCAACAACAAACAAUAAACCUAUUGACACUAGAAAUACAACAGUUAAGAGAACUCAUUACUAAAAAGAAUUGAUGGCAGUAUAACUAAUAAGAAUUGCUGAAUGGAACGCAAAUGGACUUCUAAAACGUAGACAAGAAAUCGAAAUAUUCUUAGCCAAUAAUAAAGUAGACAUUCUAUUAGUAUCUGAGAUGCACUUAUUCGUUAUUGCACAAUUUAAAAUCACCUCGUAUAAGGUCUACAACGCAGCACACCCUGACGCAGAAAGAAAUCUCAGAGACGGAGCAGCAAUCAUAAUUAGGAAUAAUCUAAAACAUCAUGAACUACCGAAAAUCGAAAAAGACUUCCUGCAAGCAGCUUCAAUUUGCAUAAAAGACAAUUUUGGCCCACUAUGCAUUUCAGCAGUUUAUUGUCCGCCAAAUUAUCAACCUAAAAGGAACGGAUUUGAAACACUUUUUAAAUCAUUAGGUCCCAGGUUCUUAGCGGGUGGGGACUACAAUUCGAAACACAAGUGCUGGGGCUCAAGAUUAUCCCCCCUGGGAAGAGGUAGAGUCCUAUACGAUGUGGUAAAAGAAAUGCAACUACAAUAUCUCUCGACCUACAAACCAACUUACUGGCCAACCGAUCGAAAUAGACUGCCUGAUCUGCUUGACUUCUUUAUAUAUAAAAAAAGGAAUACCAAAAGAAUACCUUCACAUAGAACCUAAUGAAGACCUAUCGUCAGAUCGUUCACCAAUUAUUGCAGCAAUAUUGACAAAUCCAUCAGAAAAAUGUGCACCUCCAAGACUAACGAAUAAAACAAAAGGCUGGAAUAUUUUCAGAGAAAUUCUACAGGACAAUAGACCUAAAAGUCCCACUAAGACGACCACAAGAUAUAGAAAAAGCAAUAGAAACACUAUCAAAACAGAUACACGAAGCUGCAUGCGAAUCUACAAAACAAAAUUUUGAACGAAAACAGUUCCAUAAGGAUUGCCCAACAAUAAUAAGAACAAAAAUAUUAGAAAAAUGAAAACUUCGUAAAAAAUGGCAGCAAACUCGUUCACCUCAAGACAAAACAGAAUUAAACAGAAUGUGUAGAGAAAUAAAAGAACUACUAAAACAACUUAGUAACGCCAAUUUCCAAUAUUACCUAGAAAAUCUGACACCUAAUUCAGACAGCGAUUACUCAUUAUGGAAGGCCACAAAUAAGCUAAAGCGGCCACAAAACCAAAUUCCACCUAUCAGAACAGAAGAUUUAUAAUGGUUAAAGACAGAUAAGGAAAAAGCAGACGCUUUCGCAAAACAUCUAGAAAAGGUAUUUAAGCCACUAACAGAGCCAAUGAAGAUGACGACAUCUACGAAUAUUUAGAUAGUCCUAAUCAAAUGAAUCUACCACCCAAAUGGGCAACUCCUAAUGAAGUAAAAGGUCUAAUAAAAAACCUCAAUAAAAAGAAGUCGCCUGGACAUGAUCUGAUAACGGCCAACAUAUUAAAUGACCUACCUAGAAAAGGAAUAGUAAGUUUAACACAGAUCAUUAACUCGAUACUAAGAAUAGGCUACUUUCCUGCACAAUGGAAGUUAGCAGAAAUCAUAACGAUUCCAAAACCAGGAAAACCUCCACAUGAGAUUACAUCCUACCGGCCCAUUAGCUUAUUACCAAUUAUGUCCAAAGUUGCAGAGAAAAUCAUUGCAAGUAGACUAAUUAUUGAUAUACAGACAAACAAUAUUAUACCAAAUCAUCAGUUCGGUUUUCGCCAAAACCACGGCACAACUGAACAAGUGCAUAAGGUGGUAGAAAAUAUACAAUCAGCUUUCCGGGAAAAGAGCUAUUGCAAUGCCAUUUUCCUGGAUGUAAGUUAAGCAUUUGACAAGGUCUGGCUUCCAGGAUUGUUAUUCAAAGAAAGAAAGAAAUCAAAAGUGAAGAUAGAAAUCUCUCAGCCGCUAUAUACAAUAUUAAAAUCAUAUCUCGAAGAAAAGCUAUUUUACACAAGAUAUGAAGAAAGUGUGUCUGAAAUUCACAACAUAAAUGCUGGGGUCCCGCAAGGCAGCGUCUUGGGACCAAUUCUCUACACAAUUCUGGUAAAAAAAACCAGAUAACAUACAGGCAGCUGAAAUAUUGCAACAAAACAUACAUCUAGUUCAAAUAUGGGCUAAGAAAUAGAAGAUAAAAAUCAACGAAGCAAAAUCAGUUAACGUAGCAUUCACUAAAUGUCACAAAGAAACACCGAAUAUCCUAAUGCAUAACAAGAAUAUUCCUAAAAAUGAUACUGUAAAAUAUCUCGGAUUACACCUUGACAAGGGGCUAACAUGGAGAACACACAUCUGGACGAAGAGGAAGUAAUUAGGAAUAAAAUACAAAAAACACUACUGGUUACUCGCCCGAAAAUCCACCUUAUCUCUAUCUAACAAAAUAUUAGUGUAUAAAGCAAUCAUCCGGCCCAUCUGGACAUACGGGAUUGAAUUGUGGGGAACUGCAGCAGACAGCAACCUAGCAAUACUGGAGCGGUUUCAAUUCAAGGUUCUUCGUGCUAUCACAAAUGCACCGUGGUUAAUUCCAAAUGCAGACAUUUACAUGGACUUGAAGAUCGAGACAGUGAAGCAGAUGAUCAUCAAAUGCAGUGAUAAAUAUUUCAAACGACUGGAAAAGCACCCCAACGAAUUAGCAGUGAAUUUAUUGGCCAACUCUACACAAAUAAAUAGACUGAAAAUUAGAACUCCUCUUGAGUUGCCAUUUAGAACAUAAGUGUUAAAAGUGUUUUAAGGUUUCAAGUGAAAAUAAGUGACUUAGUGUAGUUAUUAGUAAAAAACCUACUAGGAGUUGAUAGUCAUUGGACUAAAACUCCUCUCACAUUUGUUCUGCUUAGUGUUACUUUUUUUAUGGUGUAACAGAUUGUAUUUAAAAACAAA